UUUCCAAGGCCUCUUACUUGAUAAAAACCGGCCGUAGCUAAGCAGUUACUUACUGACCCUGUGGCGAGGAUACAGAAUAAUGAAACUCGACAGCGGACACACCGUCACGGCCGUUGAAGGCGAAGAGAAAGCAAAAUUAAAGAAGCACUUCGUAGGUUAUCCCGAUGGGCUAGUUCGUGUCUCUCCCGAUAGAUGGCUCUUCCCUGGCCGAUACAUGGACCUGGGUAACGAUUACUACAACUUCGAGUUCCGAAAAGACGACGUACUGAUCAUGACGUACCCGAAGUGCGGAACGACCUGGACGCAGGAGAUCGUGUGGACGAUGAGGAACAACCCGGACCUGGACAACCCCGACGCUCCCUGGGCUGUGAUGGAUCGAGUGCCAUUUAUAGAAUUCGACCUGUUCUUUCCGAAGCACCCUCCGGAGGGCAUGGAAAUCGUCGCCACGAAUGCGUUCCAGAGGUACUGUCCCGAGGGCGACCUUCGGGGGGCCUUCAACCUCCAGCUGUCGCGCGCCAUCCCUGAGCCCCGGACCCUGAAGACGCACCUGCCCUUCUCCCUCUUCCUCCCUGAUCUUUUGGAGAAGUCGAAGGUGAUCUACGUAGCCAGGAAUCCCAAAGACAUGUUGAUCUCUUACCUCCACCAUCACAGGCUGCUCAGGAAUCAAGAAUUCAUCGGGACACUUGAAGAAUUCGCGGAUCAUUUCAUUAGCGAUGACUUGGUGUACGGGCCGUACUGGCUGCACCUGAAGGAGGCGUGGCAGAAGCGCGACCACCCCAACCUGCACUUCGUCUUCUACGAGGACCUCAAGGCGGACAUCAAGGGCGAACUGAAGAAGCUGGACGCCUUCCUCGGGACAGGGCUCUCCGAAGACCAGUUCGCCAAUGUCGAAAAGUAUACGAGCUUCAGCGAAAUGAAGGCAAGAGACUCCCUCUUCUUCAACAGCGAGGUUUCCAAGAACGACGCUCUGUAUAACCAAGAAAUUCGCACCAAAGACGGGGGAUUUUUCAGACAAGGACAAUCAGGCGGUUGGAAAACGAAACUCACCCCGGAAGUGACAAAGAAAAUGGACGAGUGGAUACGCCAGAAAUGUGACUUCGGAAUCAAAUUUAAAUAAAUCGUUAAAGAAUGGUUUUAUGAGAAAUUAGGGUUGUAUUGUUGGAGUAUAGAAUUUAAGCAUAUAAAAUUUCACACUAUAAAUGGUGAUGAAAUAUGCAUUUAUAAUAUAAGAGUACUGUUUUGUUUUAUGCUGUCAGUAAUUUCAAAUAUUGCACAUGUAUAAUAGUAAUAAUAGAUAUAUAUCUAUCGUAUGGCAUUGCAGCAUUCUAGAUUGUACACAAGUUUAGGUAAUACUGCAUGUCUCAUGAUUAGGAUAUGAUACAUGUUUUACCGAUAAGAAAUAUUAAACUAUUGUAUAUUCA